UGCUCACUUCUCCUCUCACCGUCCUGUGCUGGCGGAACGAGCCACAACUCUUGUCAUGUUUGCUGCCACACUUGUCGCUUUGGAGAAGGAGGGUCGCAUUCCUGCUGCCCCCCACCACUCACAGCUGCAGUCCGCUGCUGAGUGAGAUAUGUGUGGCCCAGCACAUACAGUACUCCAGCUUCUCGGCCUUACCAACGCCAGCCGAAGAAUGCAGAAGCUGCUUUCUUCUGAAGGUUGUAAUCCCGCAUUCCUACUGGUGAUUGCAACCGAAGAAGUGAGUGUUGUGCAGAUGCUAUUCACGUUAUCCGGCAAUGCGCUCAGCCUCUUUCACUUCGACAUCUAACGAUCGUGGACGACGGCUCUCUCUGAGUUGUUCGUUUUGGCUUCUCCAUUCAUCGUCUUGAGUUCAGGAUGUUUCGUUCGUUACUUGCUGCGGGGUUGUUUGCGCGACUAUGCGCGGCUCAGCAGUCCGGCUGGCAGACCGGGCAGGUCAAUGCCACCAUGUGCUACUGGGAUUCUCCAAGAGCCGCCGUCGUUCGCGAUACUCUUUAUAUUGACGGCGGGGCUUUAUGGUGGACGCCAGGAAUGAGUGAUGGAACGUAUGGUCCUCCGACUUCAGAUGACAAUCCACUUGGCAUAGUCUAUCAACUUAACUUCAGCACUCCCUUUAAUACAACAGCACAAACGAACAUAAGUAAUGUCUUCACUACCCAAUCGAAAGCUGCUGCUGGUGGGGCAGCAAACAAUGUCGCACCCAACUAUUAUGAUGGAGUAAUGAUGGCCAACGACUACGAAUGGUUCAUCUAUGGAGGGCUCAUAACGCAAACCGCUGAAUACACCCUGCCUGAUUCUCAAUCGGCAGCGGCAUACGAGGUCUAUGCAUCAGGCCCUCCCAAACAAUUCAAAUCCGGAUACAUCCUCGAGACUCUUACAAAUGGCCUCACUAGAUAUGUGACAAAUGGUGCCGGUGUCAGUGUGCCGUCAGAGAAUCUGGGAUUUUACUUUGGAGGUCUGAGAUCUGCGAGCUUUGGUCCUAUAUAUUAUCAGACGGGAAACGAAACGUACAAUGCCGAUGUCCUUUCUGAUACGAUGAUUGAGUUGGACAUGACUGUUCAGACUCAAGAGACUUGGAAGAACAUUUCUUUGCCGACUACGGUUCCGGGUCGGAUUAAUGCUGAGCUUGUAUGGGUUCCUGUUUCUGAGCAGGGAGUUCUUGUUGCCAUUGGUGGAGUUGUAGAUGCUGAAUACGCGGAGCUGGAUACGGUCCUAGAUGCAAAUCAGACUGCUGACACUAAACUUAAAAGUCCCGGUUUGAUGAAUACAGUGGCUGUAUAUGAUAUUGCCACUGGAAGUUGGUAUGAGCAGCCGACUUCAGAGCAAAACCCUGGAAUGUUAACUCAAGGAUGCACCGUCAUGGCUUCAGCACAAGAUGGUUCAAGCCACAACAUCUAUUGGUACGGAGGUUGGCAAGGCAUCGAUAGCACCCAACCCUUCAAUGACGAUGUCUGGGUCCUCUCAAUCCCAACCUUCAUGUGGAUGAAAGUCAGCUCUGGAACGACAGGUCACGGCCGCGCAGGCCACAGAUGCGUAAAACCAUACCCAGACCAAAUGUUCGUAGUAGGAGGAUACGCUCCCUUAACAGGCACAAUCCCCCAAUGCGUCUCCGGAAAUAUCAUCCAAGUCUUCAACCUCUCCACCGCAACAUGGAUCACGAACUACGACCCCGCCGUCUGGAGUAACUACACGGUCCCAUCCAUGAUAUCCUCCAUGAUCGGCGGAACUGGCACCGGAAGCGCUACCCAUACCCAACCAUCACCCAGCGGCUUUGCAAACGCAAGCAUGACCGGCCUCUUCGGGGCAGCAUACAACACCUCCAAAAUAACGACCUGGUAUCCCUACCAUGCCGCUGCCAGCACCUCCCCACCCGGAAACAUCACAACCAUAACCCCCACCCCGAAAUCCGGAUCCGGUACCCCCUCCUACCUCGGACCCGUCCUCGGCGUCGUACUAGGCCUCUUCUUCCUCACCCUCGCCAUCGUAGCCUUCCUCAUCUGGCGCCGCCGGCACCUCUUCCGGUCCUCUGCCGCAGGCGGCCAGAGCGAGAACGGCACCAUGGAUAAUAGACGCUGGGUGACGAACUGGUUGCGUGCUACCCCAGCGGAUGCUAAGGCGCCGACUGUUACGACGGACGAGACGCCCGUGACGCCGUAUCCGUACGAGGAGGAUAGGCAGGAGAUGGCAGAGGUGCAGGGACAGCAGGUUUUUGAAAUGAUGGAUACAUCCCGCCUCGUCGAACUCGGCGCCAACCCCGACACAGGAACCGGACUUCACCCCAUCCCCAUGGCCCAAGUGCCCCCUCACUCUCCAUCCCCCUCAUCACCCCGCUCCCAAAACCUAGCCCCCUCAAACUCAAUCACCUCAACAACAACAACAUCCACCCUCUCCCGACCGCCCGUCUCCCCUGUUCUCCAAAACUCGCCUCGGCUCGACGGCCCAGGCCAGGGAAGAGAAAAAUUCAUCUCCGGCAUGUCGCAGCUGAGUGAUAGUGACCGUGGCCAUUUGAGAGGGAUUAGCGAGACUUCAGUGAGCACGGAGGGAGGAGGUGGGGUGGGGUUUGUGACGCCGUUGGAAACGCCUGGUGCUUUGAGAGGCCUUGGAGCUGCUGGAGCGGGAGGGGGAGAAGGAAGAGGAGAAGGGAGUGAGGGUAUGGUCCCGACUAAAGUCCCAACCCCGCCAUUGAGAGGAACGGCUGUUAGUCCGUUGACGCCGCCGCAGGGGACGGGGAGGGAGGGAGGUGAUUAUUUGAAUGCGAGCGGAGGUGGGAGUGCUAGUCCGGGUGCGGUGACGAGGAGGAGGAGUAAUUUUAGUGAGGAGUUGGGGGAGGAUGGGCGGUGAUGGUGAGAGGUGCUUAAAAGAGUUUUGAUUGAGAGAUAAUGCGGGGAUUCUUGUAUAUUGUUUAUUUUGGAUGGGGGCUGAAGGGAUUGCUUUGGGGGUGCAUGGAUGGCGGGUCUUGGAGAUAGGGGAUGCGGGAAAGGCGUGAGGGGUAAUCUGCAUGAAUAUAUAUUUCAAGUUUGAUCUCGUUGUAUUGUUCUUCUUCUUCCAUUGCCUUUGUCUCUAGGGAUCCAAACAAGUAAUUAUAUACUUUCCCUCGUAUGUCUUCGCUCAAAAGGACCUUAGCUAGUCAGCGGUUAACACUCUAGC